UAGAAGCUUAAAUAAGUACCUAUGAGAACUCUGCGCCAUCCUCUUCUGCCUCCUCCUUCACUCUUCAUCUUCAAAGACUGCGCCUUUUAGCUCAGUGAAAAAGGUUCGAGCUUCGGAAACUAUGGCAGCAUUCCCUAACCUUAACUCUGAUGCUGGAUUGAAGAAGCUCGACGAGCAUCUUCUCACUCGCAGUUACAUUACUGGAUACCAGGCUUCAAAGGAUGAUAUCACCGUCUUUGCAGCUCUUGCAAAGCCCCCAACUUCACAGUAUGUGAACGCUUCUCGUUGGUACAAUCACAUUGAUGCCCUCUUGAGGAUCUCUGGUGUCUCUGCUGAAGGAAGCGGUGUCAUUGUUGAGGGAUCAGCUCCUAUCACUGAGGAGGCUGUUGCUACUCCCCCUGCAGCUGAUUCUAAGGAUGCUGCGGCUGAUGAAGAAGAUGAUGAUGAUGUUGACCUUUUCGGAGAGGAGACCGAAGAGGAAAAGAAAGCUGCUGAAGAGAGAGCAGCUUCUGUCAAGGCAUCUACAAAGAAGAAGGAAUCUGGAAAGUCCUCAGUUUUGAUUGAUAUCAAACCGUGGGAUGAUGAGACUGACAUGAAGAAGCUUGAGGAAGCUGUGAAGUCCAUUCAGAUGGAAGGUUUGUUUUGGGGAGCAUCAAAGCUUGUCCCAGUUGGUUAUGGUAUCAAGAAGUUGCAGAUUUUGUGCACCAUUGUUGACGACCUUGUCUCUAUUGACACCAUGAUCGAAGAGCAACUCACUGUUGAACCGAUCAAUGAAUAUGUCCAGAGCUGUGACAUUGUUGCCUUCAACAAGAUAUGAGGAUGGAGAAAGCUUCAAGGAAUGUCUGUGUUCAUGUGGUCUGGUUCUUCUUCUUCUUCUAUAUUCAGUUUCCCAAGUUUUUGUAGACUGUUGUUUUGACUCUGUUAUGGCCUGCCAUCUCUGAUCCAUUUUGAUAUUUAAUGAAAAGUGACAAUUCAGUAUUACGUUUUCUUUGUGUAUGACCCAUUCUCUGCUUCUUCCUUCCCCUCUGUUCAUCGCUUGUAUCUCUAGAUAUGUGUUUCUUAGUGAAUCCUUAGCAAUUUUCCCUUGUAGCUCUGCCGAAUAAAGUUCAGGUUUUGAGCUAAAACUAGUAAACUAGCAAGUGAGGACUGAUAAGGGUUUGUGAUUUAGAGCAACUCAAGCUGAUAAAAUUUAUACUUAUGUAUCCAUUUUUAGCGUUAUAUAUUUGUUAAACUUGUUUCUCAA